GACACAUUUUAUUCGUACAUGUAAAUAUGAUGAAAAUGCGGAAGUAGCAAUAAAUCACCAACAUCAAUUGUGUCGCUAAGCUGCAGAGAUGUGGCCGUCCCAAGGGCCAACGUUAAACUCGGUCACCGUCAGCCAGUUUUUCCACAACUUUGACGGUGUCUUUAAAACGUCUUUGUGGUAUUUGAAACGGACACUUUGAGAAAAGAAGUUAGUUGAGUGGUGAAAUGUUGAGACAGCGUGCGACUCGAGGCAAAGCGGAGGGAUACAAGGCAGCAAGAGGGCGGUGGAAAAUCCCCGCCCACUUCCCUUACCUCACCUUCCCUGCCGCCGCCCGAUUGGCCGUCACGACGCGGAAGCCUCGUCGCUAUUGGUCCGGGCUCGCCGUCAAUCACCGCUCGACGCCUCCUCAGGACGAGCCUCGGCUCCAUUUGCAGUGUAACUAAAUAGUUACGCCGCGCUUCAAGUCGGGGACAAUUUGAUCGUUCGCAGCCGGGGCGCGCUCGGCGGGACGAAGCACAGUCGGCGACCGCGAUUUGGGACGCUUCGAGCGGGCGUUGGACGCACCGACAACCUCCCUCGCCUCCUUUGGCGGAUGCGGAUGCUCCUUUGGCCCGUGACUGCAAAUUCUGGCAUAAAUGGCCUCGGUGCCACGUUGUGGUCCAAGUGUGUAGAACCAAGCGACAAAGCCUGGAAGAGAUUUGCCCGGAGGUCUUUGUUCUAGUAAAGCUGUCAGGCUGGCGUCUCGCCCGCCGUCCCGCUGCUUUGGCCGCUUCCACCCUCUACUCGCUGCGGAGGAGCGUCCUGCCAGGGACGCUAGCUGCCAUCUUGGACCCGGAUCUGGACUAUCUCCCGGCUUUUUUGACCAUCCUCCAUCCAGAGUCCCCCUUGGUGUUAGUCCCACGGAGCCGGCCAGCUGAGGUGAAGGCGAGGGCACAGUGUGGAUGAGCCGCCCUGGGAACGAGGACCAUGAUCUGAAGGCUCGCCCGUCCUCCGUUCUUUCUCCGACGUCACUGAAUAAAAAGCUCCCACGUCCGGCAGGAAGUGUUUAAAGGCGCCAGUGGGAAGUGGAAGAGGAUCUAGCCGUCACACCUGAGUCCCCCCACCCCCCAGCUGCAACACCACCAACAUGGGGAGGAAAAAGAUUCAGAUUCAGAGGAUCACUGAUGAGCGCAACAGACAGGUGACAUUCACCAAGAGGAAAUUCGGCCUGAUGAAGAAGGCGUAUGAGCUGAGUGUGCUGUGCGACUGCGAGAUCGCCCUCAUCAUCUUCAACCACUCCAACAAACUUUUCCAGUACGCCAGCACCGACAUGGACAAGGUGCUGCUGAAGUACACCGAGUACAACGAGCCGCACGAGAGCCGGACCAACGCUGAUAUCAUCGAGACAUUGCGAAAGAAAGGCUUUAACGGCUGCAACAGCCCCGAGCCUGACGGCGAUGACUCCAUCGACCAAAGCCCACUAAACGACGACAAGUACCGCAGCAAGACGGAAGACCUGGACUCCCUCUUCAAGCGCUACGGCGCUCUGAACAAGAAAGAGCACCGGGACUCUGAGAGCCCGGACCCCGAGGAGCCCUUCUCGCUCACGCCGCGCACUGAGGAGAAGUACAAAAAAAUUGACGAGGAGUUUGAUAAAAUGAUGCGCAACUAUAGGCUGUCAGCCGCCGUCCCGCAGCCCACCUUUUCCAUGCCCGUUACCGUGCCGGUAUCCAAUCAGAGCGCCCCACCGCCGCAGCCAACCACACUGCAGUUCAGCAACAACCCGGGCGGCACCCUGGUCACCACCACCUCCUUCGUCAACGCCGCCCUGUCAGAUCCCCGACUGCUUUCGCCGCAGCAGUCGGCCCUGCAGAGGAACAGCGUCUCGCCGGGACUGCCCCAGCGGCCUGCCAGCGCAGGGGCCCUACUCGGUGAUCUUGGAAACUCUAACGGAGCGUGCCCGAGUCCAGUCCCUAACGGUUACAUCAGCGCCCGGGCCUCGCCGGGCCUGCUCUCCGUCUCCAAUGGCAACAACGGCAACCUGGUGAAGGUGGUGCCGGCCAAGUCUCCGCCUCCUGCCAGUCCUCAGAUGGUCAGCGCCCGCAAGCCAGACCUCCGUGUUAUCACCUCACAUGGCAGCAAGAACCUCAUGCAGCUAAAUGCUCACCUGCUCGGCGGCUCCCAGGUGCCCCAGCCCCUCACCACCCCGGUGGUUUCCGUGGCGACGCCCAGUCUCCUGGCACCCUUCUCCGCCAUGCAAACGCCCUACAACACUGAGUACCAGCAGACGAGCGCGGACCUCACGGCUCUGCAGACGUUCACGCCGGCGGGCCUGGUGCCUGGUAACAUGGCUGCUUGGCAACAGCAACAGCAGCUGGCCGUUGCCCAGCAACAGACGGCGCCGCCCAUCAGCCUGGCGUCGCUCACCAACCUGGUCAUGUGGGGUUCAGACAAACAGAGUGCAGAGAUGGUUAACUGCAUCUCCAACAUUGCCGCUAACCUCAGGCCGAUGGCUCCUCUCCCUCAGGGCACGGCGCUGACCAUCAACACCAACCCCCACGUCAACAUCAAGUCCGAGCCCGUGUCACCCAACCGGGACCGCAGCACUCCCUGCCCCACUUUGGGCGGCGGCGGGAGCGGCGGCGUUCAAAUCCACGGGCAGGUGGCGCCGUCGUACCCCGGCACCUUGCGCCCGGAGGCGGGAGGCCAAGGCCGCUCUCCCGUCGACAGCCUGAGCAGUAACGGCAGCUCCUACGACGGUAGCGACCGGGACGACGCCGCCGCCCAGGGUCGAGCCGGAGGAGGCGGGGGCGGCGGCGGCGGCGGGGGUCCGGACUUCCACCUCCACCAGCAGGCCGGCAUCCAGCAGCCCGCCAUGGUGCUACUGCGACCCGCCUCGGCCGAGCCUCAGGAGCAGGACAACGUGAAGAGGAUGAGGUUGGACGCGUGGGUCACAUAAAGCACCGAUGUCACACCGGGCUGGGCCGGACAGAUCCAGUUGAGGCCCGUACCCAAACCCCCUUAACACACACCAGCCCCAGAACUCCUCCACACACACACACACACACAUAGACACAAGCAUGCUUAACACUUUUGCACACACUAACGUUCACAUUUACUACUCACAGAAAUAAAUUUGGCGUGAAGUCUCAGGAUGAACCUCAAAUGCACAAAAACCUUUUCAGGUGAACUUCAUUUGCCUUGAAACUUUUCAAAUGUCCAAAUUUUGUAUUUUUGCAAAAUUUUUGGUCCCUAACUAGCAGCUGAAUCUCUUGCAUUUAUUAUUUUUCGCUUUGUUUUCCAAUUACGUUCACUUUAAAUCCUUUCUGUGACUCUUUUGUGGGGGGGGGUUUCUGAUGUUUUGAAAAGUGAGAAAAAUGCAAAAGAUUAUGAUUAUAUUAAAGUCAGAGUUUAAUUGGCCACUGCAUUUAUGGAGUCAUCAGCUGAUUGUAACAAAUACAAAGAGACUGGAGGAGUCACAGAAAGACACAAAAGUCGACAAGCUUUGGAAAUGUAUUGGAGUUAGGAAAACGUUCUUUUCUCAUACGAUAAACACUAAAAUAAUUUAUUGUGCUUUAUUCUAAAAGUUAUUUUGCUCAAAUACACGCGAAUUUUGUUCUGUUUUUUGUUAGAGAACAGCAAGUUGUGCAAUAAAGAACCGAAACGUUCAACACUUGCGCACUUCAAGGUCAAAGUAGGUUCACCUGUAAAGGUCAGAGUGCAUUUUAAGUUCGUCCUGACAUUUUUACCCCAAAGUUCAACAUCCGUUUUUUGUGAUCACAUUUGCAGGUAGACAUCCAUCCCCUUAUUCCGGCCCGGUAACCUUUCCCGUGGGACGGCAAGCUGGGAAGAAGCCAGUUUUAAUGGGUAGUGUGAAAGGGGGCUCGCGAGGUUUCCCAGCAUGCUUUGCGUCCGCGUGUCUCAAGAGAUUAUCACGAAAGUCUCAUGAUCAAGAAGACCCCCCCCGACCCCCUCAUACGAGACUGACAACCCUCACUAGUUUUAGACUGCUUUCACGCUUUACGGUUUGUAAGUGAGGCGGUUUUGAGUCCGAGCGUGGCAUAGCGCUCCUCUUCGAUUGGUCAAAAGGAAGUAAAAAAAAAGUUGCUUUACUGAAUACAAGAUGGAGCAGAAUGGACCUUUGCUGGCCACUAAUAUAUACAUAAGGACAUCAUACCAGGAAAUAGCCUGGCCCCAGAAAUCCCAGUUCACUUUUAAAGAUGAACCCCCGCAGAGACACGAUUCACUCAAAAUGGACAAAUUAAUAAUUACUUUGAUUCAAGAGACGAGUCUACUUCCUGUGAGAUUCAGGACAUGGGUCCCGCAAAAAAUGGCCGACUUCGUAUUAGACUUAAGGUAUGAGAAGCUGCUUUCCAACAUGGCCCCUCUUAAUCCCGCCUGCUCGUUCAAUAUCUUGCUUGGCUCCUCCAAAAUGGCCGCCUGUACUCUAUAUUACAAUUUUCUCCCAAAAAUUAACGAAAGCUUUUUUUUUUUUUUUUUUAAUUCCACCCAGCUUCAUCCCUGACCCAAAUAUUCUCACGCUAAUACCUUUUCGCGACACAUUUUUCACAAUCGCCGACGUGUUAGCGCUGUAACGUCGUCCUGGUUGCGCACUUUUAACCAAUCACAACAGAGAACAUCACAAGUUUAUUUUAUUUUAUUUUAUUUUAUUUUUUACCGCGUGAACACUAGCUCGCGUUGCUUACAAACCAGAAAGCAGAGUCGCUAACUAAUUCAUCAGCGGCUUCGGUAAUUAGCUUAGUAAGGCGGGAAAGCAGCCUUAAUUGGAAUGAUUUGUUGCCUCGGCAACGGUAGAAUCAGGGAGGACGAUGAGCCGCUUGUGUGUGUGUGUGUGUGUGUGUGUGUGUGUGUGUGUGUGUGUGGUGACUUGUGACGUGAACCACAUUGGGGGUGUGUAUAUAAACAACGUGUGUGUGUGUGUGUGAGUGUGUGUGACAAGUUUGAGUAAUAAUAAUGAUUAUAUAAAGAAUAAUAAUAAUAGAUGACGACAACCACGUGCACGCCACAGGGAUUGUACAUAGGAGCUCAGUAUUUGGCGGGAAGUAAGGAAAGAACAAAACAGAUUCUUAGUGUUUUGUUUUGGUGUUUUUUUGUUUUUUGUUUUCAAAACUUUUUGGCUUGUGUGUACAGUAUAAAGGUGUAGUUUGUUGACAAUGCACCAGAGGGCGCUGUAGGGACAGAAAAGGGACCGUUGGGCCUCGGUGAUGAUGGCGCGCACUUUUCACACACACGCACUCAGAUCAAUGCAAAGAUAUGAUCCGUCCACGUGUUUUUUUAUACUUUUUGACGUUCAACUUUUAGAUAAUGAAAUCAGCAAAUUGCUGACUUGGGGUUUUGGUGACAAAAAGCGCAAAUUGUAAUCUUCUCUUGCUCUUCUUAAUCGAUUAUAUUUCCCAAAGGUUCGCAUUUGUUACAUGUCAAAUUAACCCACUUUUAUUCUAAUAUGUUGUCUUUUAUUGACACAUUUGAGCCAGAUCAAACUUCUCUUGGCAUUACAUUUUUUUUAAUACAUUCAAAAACUAUUUUUCAGCACUUCCCCGUACAUGAUAUAUUUUAAAAUGACAAGGGGGCAAAAAUUUUUUAAAUUCAUUCAAACAUUUGCAAAUAUGAUACAUAGACUCAUUCCCAUGUUACACACACACACGCACACACGCUUUUCAUCAUUUGUACGACAUCAUCCCUUUUUCCCGCGAGGUUGAAUUUUUCUAAACAUAUCGUCGCAUUCAGACCCGUUCAAAAUGGCUUCCGUUGCCAUGACGAGGCAGCGAGCAUUGAUGAGCGCCACGCCAGAGCCGCGUCUCUCUUUUAUUUCGACGCGUAUUUAUUGGGGAAAAUGCGCGAAAAAUGAACAUUUUCCAAAUUGCUUUUUUUCCUUGGCAUUCGCACCGUCGCCAUCACGAUGACCGAAGUCUGCCUCAAGCCCUUACGCGACGUGGACGUUGUUACCCGUGCGCUUCUUUUAGCCGGCGCCGUAAUCACGAAAAGACAAUCAUUUUCAAACACGCCUGCCUUGGAAAGCUUUUUGAGUUUUUUUUUUUUUUUAAUGAACAAAUUUCCAUAUUCUCAAUAUGCAGCUUAGGUCUCGUGGAACGACUGUAUUUGACGUAACGUGUUUUCCGCUACUAGUAACUCGUAAACUGCUGUGCUGCUCUAGUCAGACUACAAGGCCCAACUAAAAAGUAUGUCACACACUAGCUGCCUCCUGGAUGCUACUAGUUGCACCACAAUGCCCAUUUUAGUAGUUUUGCUUCACGUGUAACAAAGUCUUCUUACUAGUGUGCAGAAAUUUACAUGUACUAGUAGUGGAAAACAUAUUACUAGUACAACCUAGUCCGAGUGGGGCCUGGAAUUGUCUUACUAGUGAGGACAAAGAAUCUAGUCGCACUUUAGACCGGAUUCAACAUACUACUUGAGAUCCAACGUUAGGGCCAUCUGCUAGUAUGCACUUUGUCCGCACUAGAAAGGCAAUUCUGCACACUAGUAGAAGAAGAGGUUACUAGUUAAGAAAAACACUACACUAGUUGAUCAGAAUCAGCUUUAUUGGCCAAGUUUGUAAAAACACACAAGGAUUUUUUUCUCCAAAAGUCAGUAGUGCUGUGUGCUCCCAGUAUUACUAGUGACAUUCUAAAAUUCUACUAGUUAUCAUCUAGAGAUUGACUACUAGCACUCGGGUGGCAGCUAGUGCACAGUUUUCCCUCGCUUGUAACAUGUAGUUGUCCUACUAUUGCAGAAAUAUCAGUAAUAGCUAUGGGGAAAAAAUGUUUUUAGUAAGACACAGUCAUGCUACUAGUGCGCUGAAUUGUCUACUUGUUAGCACGCAGCACAUAUUUGGCGAAUGGACAUCAAGGAUGCGGAAUAAACGCAUUCAUUUGCUAUCCUUGAUGUUGUACUACUAGGACCCCUUGGACUAUUGCACUGAAUUGUGUUACUAGUGAGGACAAAUCUAGUAGUACUUGGACCUGAUUCAACGUACUUGAGAUCCAAGAUUAGGUCCAUCUACUAGUAUGCACACUAGGAGAAAAAGAGGUUACUAGUGAAGAAAAAGUGGACACUAUUUAAUCAAAAUCAGCUUUAUUGGCCGAGUGUGUAAAAACACACAAGGAUGCUUUCUCCGGCAGUCGGUGCUGCUGUAUUACUAGUGACAUUCUAAAAUUGUACUAGUUAUCAUCUAGAGCUUUACUACUUGCACUCAGGUGGCAGCUACUGCACAGUUUUCCCUUGCUUGUAACAUGUAGUUGUCCUAGUAGUGCAGAAAUACCAGUAAUGGAUGUGGUGGUGGGGGGGGGGGGGGGUGUUACUAGUAAGACAGACUCAUGCUACUAGUGCGUUGAAUUGUGUAUUUGUGAGCACGUAGCGCAUAUUUGGCAAAUGGACAUCAAAGAUGCAGAAUAAACUCAUUCAUUCGGUAUCCUUGAUGUUGUACUACUAGGACCGCUUGGACUAUUGCACUGAAUCGUGUUACUAGUGAGGACAAAGAACGUACUAGUACGUAGAUCCUAAGCUGGAUACGAAGAAUUUGGAGUAAACGCUCAAGCGGCUUUCCACGCGCGGGCCACCAAAGCUAACGCGCUCGCUUUUCCGGUGUUCAUUUGCGCUGGUGACAGUCUGGUUUUGUUUUUGUUUUUAUUUUUGUUUUUUUAAUGGUGAUAUUAGAAUUAUAAUAAAUAUGAACCAUCCGCAUCACGAUGAGGUCAUCGACACGAUGAAGACUUUCUUUGUGUAGCUUAGUUUAAUUUGGUGAAUAUCUCUAAAUAUCUUUUUGUUUGUUCGUUUGGGGGGAAUUUUUAUUUUGAUUUUUUUAAUUUUUGUUGACGUUGUUGUUGUGUUCUGAAUAAACAUCGCACGAUUUUUCGCUGCUCAAGAUAAGCGAGGACGUCACUGCUGCAUGGAUCAAAAGCAAAGGGGGGGGGGGAUUGUAAUAUCAACACAACCGUCGUCACACGUAAAAAAAAUAUAUGAAAGUUAAAAAUGAAGAAAAAAAAUAGUAAAUCAAUCAUAGCUAAUAUAUUGUGUCGGGCUAGUCUGCUUUUUUUUCUUUUGUUGUAAAGAGACUUGUUGGAGAAUGAUAUACAAUUUGUGUAUAUUUUCAUAAAUAAAAGUAUGCACUGAUAUGUUAUUACAAAAUCUAUAACUGCUUUUACAAAAAGAGUGUUUGUUAUUGUACCAAAGUAUCCCACGCUCCCCCUUCUUCUUGCGCCCCCCCCCCUCGCCGCCCCCUACCCUCGCUCCCCUUUUGCGUAUGUUUUACCGUAUUUUAUAUAUUAAAUAGACAAGUUGACCUACACCACAUUUUGUCGCUCUUGUCUGUGCUUCUUUGCGUUCUUUUGAAACGUGACAAAAAGGCGAUUUAUGCGACAUUUUUUAAAAAGUUGGUAAUUUAUUUGGGGGUGGAAAUGUGAUCCAGUAUUUUUAUUAUUAGUAUUAUUAUUAUUAGAAGUACAAAUAAACUGGAGUAUUUACCAAAUGAAAAUUAUGUAUUGUUUUUUUUGUACUUAUUAUAUUUUAUACAAGAAUGCGGUCACUAAAUUUUA